AUUUGGUUUAUUUCCAUUACCAUCGCUCAAAAUUGACAAAAUGGAUGCAUGAAAACUAUCAACGCAAAUAAUGUUCCACAAAUAUUGAUUCAAUGGCUGACUCUGCUAAAAGCAACAUAAAGCACAGCCUUUCUCUUAUUCGGGACCCUAAAGCAAAGGUCAGAGAACUUUGCACAUAUGCCGGAAUAGUGGAUGUGGAGCCUUCGGUCCCAGCCAGAAGAUACCUUCGUUCUGGUAUGGAAAUGCUGCGGCUGGCGAAGGUGUACAAAGAUGAAGAAGAAUAUGAGAGUGCCUUCAUACUGUACAUGAAGUUUAUUACUUUAUUUGUGGAGAAGCUACCAAAACACCCAGGCUACAAGGAUGCUCCCCAAAAAGAUGUCAUCAAUAUAAAACAGCAAGUGAAGCAAGUGUUCCCAGUUGCAGAAGAGCUGAAGGGUAAAUUGACUCAGCGGUAUACAGAGCAGGAGAAGAAGAGACAAGAGGAUGAACGCAAGCGAGCGGAAAUUCUUGCUAAAGAACAGGAGAAAAUCCAACUCCAAGAAGAGUUACGUAGAAAGGAGGAGGAGGAAAGAAGUAGGAAACUCCGCGAGCAGUCUGAAGAAUUGUGGCUUCGUGAACAGGAGGAAAAGUUCCGCCAACUUCAAGAGCGUGAAAAAGAGAAACAAAAUGAAAAAGACAAACAUGAUCCAAAUAUUCUGCUUGUGGAUAUUCCAGAAGACUUUGACAAGAAUCGACCAUCGUCAGGUCUAAAUAACGAACGUAGAAGUAUACCUUCGGGAAGUUUGAGCUUCGUACCAAAUGAUUUACGUCAAGGUCAAAGGCCGAAGCUUGAGAAGAACCUUUCGUUGGAUUACACACCAAAUAUACCUGACAGAGAGCUGAAGCGAACUCUAACAAUCAGCGAUGAUACAAGACCUGAGGUCGACAGAAGUACAAAACCUUCGGCACCAGCAGAUCAUUUCCUGAGUACAGGCACUACUUCGUUAAAUAAAUAUGGAUUGAAGGACGUUGUUAUCCCCAGAGACAUUGUCCAGAAAUUCCUGACAGUUGCCGACUCCAAUACAAAACGAAAUGUCGAAACAUGUGGAAUUCUGUCUGGAAAAAUGGAGCGUGGAGCUUUCUUCAUCACCCAUGUGUUGAUUCCAAAGCAGACUGGAACCCCUGACAGUUGUAACGCAGAAAACGAGGAAGACCUGUUUGACUUCCAGGACUCCAAUGACCUUAUCUCUCUUGGAUGGAUACAUACCCAUCCUACGCAGACGGCCUUUCUGUCAAGUGUUGACCUUCAUACCCACUACCCCUAUCAGCAGCUGAUGCCAGAAGCUGUUGCAGUGGUUGUCUCCCCAAAAUUCAAUGAAACUGGGGUAUUUAUGUUGACCCCUGACCUGGGACUGCCAGAGAUCGCUCGGUGUAGCAAGAGGGGCCAUCACGAACACACCAAACAUCCUCCAGUCUUUGAGACCAGUACGCAUGCCAAAUUUGUGGACGACAGGAGCAUUAUUUUAGUAGAUCUACGCAACAAAUGAGAAACUAGAGUCUAGUUAUAAUACCUGACACAGCGCUUCAGGCAGUUAGAGCCAAAAGGACAAUUAUCUCCCAUUUAGCCACUUAAACUUUACUGUAUGUGUCAUAUGGGUUGUACAUGUAAUAAAGCCUUAUUCCGGGAAAUGGGACUGCAUUUCCUUAGUGUUAUCCCUCAUUAGCCUGUGCAGUCCACACGGCUAAUCAUGGACGACACUUUCAGCUUAUAAUGGAUUUUCAUUUAGAAGAAAAUUUCUUGAAAGGAAAAUUCCAUCCAACAGAAAGUGCUGUCUGUGAUGAGCCUGUACUGAUUGCAUGCAAUAAGCCCUGUUUUCCCACUGAUUGCAUGCAAUAAGUCCUGUUUUCCCACUGAUUGCAUGCAAUAAGCCCUGUUUUCCCACUGAUUGCAUGCAAUAAGCCCUGUUUUCCCACUGAUUGCAUGCAAUAAGUCCUGUUUUCCCACUGAUUGCAUGCAAUAAGUCCUGUUUUCCCACUGAUUUCAUGCAAUAAGUCCUGUUUUCCCACUGAUUUCAUGCAUUAAGUCCUGUUUUCCCAGAGCUCGGCUAAAUUAUAAUGUUUGCCAUUGAAAAAGUAUUAUUAUUAUUGAAAUAUGUUUUGUUUUUUUAAUUGUUAAAAGAGGCAUAAGGCUUCUGUAUGUAUGAUGUAAUUUUUUGUUUAACUUCGAAUAAUGUAUACUUAACAAGUUAUAUCGAUUUAAGUUAAAUUAUUUUUUGUUUUAAUUGAAAAUACAUGUUAUCAAAAAGAGAUUUGUAUUUUACCAGCAACUUUGGAAGAUUAUAUGUUAAUGAUGAUCUUGUACUCUCGUGUAUGCUGAAUUAAGCAUAUAUUGAGAUGGUAGUUGCUUAUAUAAAAUCACAAAGUAUGUACUGUUUUAUCUGUGUCCGUUGCAUUGCAAUCAUUCUUGUAACAGUGCAAUAUUAUGAAUGAACAUUGACUUCAUGUUUGAUGUCAUAUUUAAGUAUUAAAUAUGUAUAAGAAAGUGUCUUGUUUUAAGAAAAUAAAUUUUGCAAGGCCAUAAACAAAUUUUGUGAUAACAAAAAUAAUUACUGCUGCAAAAUUAUUACACUUGAUAAAAUAUGUGCAACCCUUUUGUUAAGGAGGAUAGGCUGGGUCAAAAAUAUUGUCUUUAAAAAAUGAUGCUGAGCAGAUGGUAGUAAUUUUACCACUUUUGGUAAUCCAGUAAGACAUAAAUUUCUCAUAUAUUAAAAGCAUAUUAUGUUAUAUUGUAUAUUUAUCAAUAAAUAUGCCUCUAGACAACAAUUUACAAAAAAAGUUAAUCCUUUGACACUUUAUAGUAGAUGAGUUAAUUCACAUCUCUACAUUAUGGUGGAUACAGUGACGAAUUCUAUGAUUAAUUUGAUUAUGAUUUUUUUUAAUUUAAUGUGCAUUUUGAUUUCUUGAUAAAAUGUGUUUAUUCCAAUGUGAUGUAUUUUCGUUUUACAUAAUUAAUAUCAUUAAGCAUCACUUAUGUUGUUUUAUGAGUAAUGGUAGCCUGUAAAGACAGGUAAUUUAUGCACAAACUUUGUUUUCUUUGUCAUAAUUGUUUAUAAUGACCAAAUAUUUUUUAAAAAAAAUCCAUUAUUAAUAAAAUAAUCUUUUUAUAGUGUGCUUUUUGGCGUAGAUGAUGUUCACGAAUCAGCAUGUUUCUACAUUUUGGUUUUUAGCCAAGAUGACAACUAUUUCAUGUACAAAUAUUUAUUACAGUGUGUCUUGAUUUUUGAAAGUUCUUAUAAGUUACUUUUAUAAUAUUUCUUAUUACCGGUAUAUUGCAAAUUAACUGAAUAUACAUGUAUGUGACAUGUAUGUAUUUUGAGCCUGUUUCAUAACAUUGUCUUUAUUCAAAAUAAUUUUAUGUAUGGACCAUUAUAUGAGAGAUUUUAUUCUUAUAAUUUGUUGCUCAGUGUAUGAUUAUUUUUUGGGUAAAAUCCAUAUUUCACUGUAUCUGUACAACUUGUAUGUAUAUAUUCCCCUUACACAAGUAUAUCUAUCUAGUCAAUUUACUGGUACUUUAUCUCAUGUGUAGCAAAAAUAGACAAAAAUGCAAUAAUUAUAAUUUUUUCACUUUAAAUAGUGGCAUGUAUAUUGCACACAGGGGCAUGCAAAUUUUGAAAUGUUGUCAUUUAUGAAUCCCAAUCAAAAUGCCUGGACCGUGUUGUCAUCUUUGCUAAUUAACAAUCUAGCAAUUUCUUGAUAUGGCUACCGGGUAUUUACAUUAUAAAUAAACACACAACAAUACCUCCUACUGUUCCCUUAUAAUUAUGUUGUGUGUGUUUUUAUAAAAGUAUUAGAAAUCCUUAAAAAAGUCUGUCCACAAAAUGACCAUGCUGUGUCUAAUUGGAACGAUUGUCUAUUCAUAAGCUUCCAGUGUUAAAAUGUGGCUAUUUGAUGUCAAUAAAUGGUAACAAUCCAAACUUCAAA